AUGGUCCGUUUUCUCGUACUCCUGCUUGGCAUCUUGCCUGCCAUUGCCUCUGCAUACUUUGCUGCUCCAUCGAUAUGCUUUGGUCCCAUUCAUCCAUGGGUAUCAGGUUGUUACGGGUAUCCUCCAGCCCGCUCUUACUGCUCCAAGCAGUUCCCGCAAAAGACUACGACUAGAACCAUAACUGCACCUACACGUACUUUGACCAGUACAGUUGCCACCAGCACAGCUAUUUCGACCUUGCCUGGUACCAUUACUUCUGUUGUGGGACUUGCUCCCGAAACGAUUGUGACUGUCUAUACUACCGUCUACACGACGAGCACUGGCACAAUCACUGCGACUUCGAGCACAACGUCGACGUCGACUUCAACAGUGACGAUCACCAGCACCAGCACCGUGAGGUCUGCACCAACAGUGGUGAAGCGUGAUCUUCCCACAGGGGCACCGGCUUUCAAAGAGCUGCUUCUCAAGGGCCGACCCAUUAUUGAAAAGGUCUGUUCUUGCAUCGUCACCAGCCAGGUCACGGCAACGUUUACGACCACGCCGAGUACCACGGUGCGGGUCACGGCCGUGACCACGCACUUGGUUUCCAAUGUUGUUUCGACAACCUUGACACCAACCGUUACCACGACAUCUACUGUCACGGCUGCUGCGGCUCCAGAGACUAUUACUACGACCACGGUAUCCACGGCUACAGAAGUUACAACUACAACUGCCACGACUGUGGCCACGGUGGCACCACAACCGCCGAAAUGCAAUCCCAACAGCCAGUUCGGACAGAGAGGUUCCGGAGGUUGCAGUACUAACUGUUACUGCGAUAGAGACAUCGACGGGGUCAACUUCUACUGUGACAGCUCCAUCUUUUGCCUGGGUGGCUGCCAGAGCGACGCCGACUGCGCUGCUGACCAGUUUUGCGCGACGGGCACGUCUUGCUCGAGCACCAAUGGGCGCACAUGUCAGAAAUACUCGGACUGCACGAGCACCUUUGUACCUCCCGGUGGUGGUGGUCUCCGGCGCAAUGCUGGGCUGGAGGCGGUGGCUGCGGUGGAGCGCAUGCCUGCGAGGGCUGUACAAGAUGGCGUCCAGGAGCUUUCGCACAAGAUUAAUCAUUAA